AAAAGUUAGAGGAAUGGGCAGAAAAAGGAGAAACCUUCGGCAAACCUCAAAAUGCCUGGGUUACAUCCUUCCAUUUUCUCCAGUAGGCCUGCUAGCUAACAUCUAGCCAGCUUGCUAGUCAAGCGAAUAAAAUGAUUGCUAACCGCCGAGUUUCCCUCGGAGUAGAGCUCUAUAGUUUGCGGUUACGCAUUAAUGGAAGUUGUGUGCAGUAUUUGUUCCCUCUCCCACAACCCAUAUGUGUCAUUUUCAAGAAGGAUGCCCCCUGGAGAAAGCGAGUGUGUUAGCCUUAUUGGCUAACUAGCUAAAGUUGGAUCCUGAAGGCCUUGGCGGCGCCAUUUUGAAUCCAGCACCUUAAGUUAGGGCUAAGACGACCACGGGCAGUAACAAGAUUUUUCAUCCUGGGGGUCAGAAAGAUUUGAGAGGAAACUACUUCAACAAGAAAAUUCACCCACAAAUGUUUUUUUUUUCCACCCAUUUUGGAGUAUAGUUUUUGUCCAUGUCCCGGUGCAGCGUCCAGGCGGCCUUUUGUACGGGAAUGUCUGGCGGGUUUUGCAACAAGGCCUGUCGGGUGGCUUUUCAACCAGUGUGGCUUUUAAUUGUGGAUGGUUCAGUGGACUUCAACCCCCAUCAUAGUGUUAAUAUAAAGCAAAUCUUCGCCCCGCAUGUGUGAAUGAGUAUCUAGACAUAUCCAACAAAGUCCCGGUUAAAAUGGCGUGGUGUCAAAAUGGACGCUGAGAUCAUUCACGCUCCCAGAGCGGGGUCGUUUACCCCUUUUUAAGUUUUUGUAAUUCACGCCCUCCUCUUAUGGACAAUUCGCCUCAGUGAAAGCUACUUUCGUGGCUUGGAAAAGAACUCAUGGGCGGGCCUGGGAAGGUGGUGCAGCGCUGGAGGCAACACUGCUUCAGAUGGCGACCCUCUGUGUACUCGAGGAUCAUAUCUGCAGAGCCUGUGGUGGAGGUGCAGCUGGCAAGAAAACAACAGGAAUUGCCGAAACAGCUUCCAGAUAAGUGGCAGCAUGACAUGUUUGACAAUGGCUUCAGCGGCUUCAAUGGUGCUGCUGGGGGUGGCGGAGGAGCUGGUGUGGAAACUGGAGGGAAGCUUCUUGUCUCCAAUCUCGACUUUGGGGUCUCAGAUGCAGACAUUCAGGAGCUUUUUGCUGAAUUUGGGACUCUGAAAAAGGCUGCAGUUCAUUACGACAGAUCGGGAAGAAGCCUGGGAACAGCAGAUGUCCAUUUUGAAAGGAGGGCAGAUGCCCUCAAGGCUAUGAAGCAGUACAAUGGCAUCCCACUUGAUGGGCGGCCUAUGAACAUACAGCUCGUCACAUCACAGAUUGACACACAGAGACGGCCUAUGCAGGGUCUGAACAGAGGAGGUGGAGGCAUGAACAGAAAUCGUAGCAGUGGCUUCGGGGGCAUGCAGAGAGGCCGUGGAGGACGAGGUGCAGGCGGUGCCAGAGGAAGGGGACGAGGAGGUGGCCGCGGUGGUGCCAGCAAGCAACAGCUGUCAGCAGAGGAGCUGGAUGCCCAGUUAGACGCCUAUAAUGCCAGGAUGGACACCAGCUAAGAAAUGAAGCUCCAAUGGGUCAUCUUCCCUUCCUGUCUGCACAGAAGAGUGGUCAUUAGGAAUGUGCGGAAUAUUUUACACUUGUCUUCUGAUGUGAUUGAAAUUAUUGUUCCCACCCUCUUUUAAAUGCUCUGUUUUUUUAAUACCAGUAUUUUUCUCCAAUUUCUGAUGAAAAAUGGUUUUGGCUGUAGGUAACUGAACUGAACUGAAUUGGGUUUUCCCAGUUCAAUCCCUGUACCCUGUAGUUAGUGAGACUUGUAAUAAAACCUGCAGUGCAUAUUAA